UUGCUGGCAGUGGAGGAGAGAAGCCCUUGUGUUAUCCCUUCAUCUACUUUGCAAAUUUUGUAUCUUUUCUUCACUUUUUAUAUAGGCUUCAAUUCUUCUAUUUUCUUACGUGCACUGAGAUAGCAAGAACUGAAUACGCUUGCAUUUUCUGCUUCUUGGUCAAUGGCUAGCUGGGUUUUAUCAGAAUGUGGCCUAAGACCCCUUCCUAGAAUCUAUCCUCAAAGCAGAACCGGCUUAACAUCAAAACUUACAAACCUUUUAAAGCUUAGACAGCCACGAGACUCCAAAAGUUGCGAUCUUGGUUCUCCUUUCAAGGUCUCAAGUUGUUCUAGACAAAUAAACUGGGCGUUAAAUGUUGCUGUUCCGGUUAGUGUUCCAGUAUGUGAAGAGGAAGACAAAGAAAGAGAAAACGUUAAUGGUGUUAAUGAACAGGAAGGUGGAUUUUUUGACCCUGGUGCACCACCACCUUUCAAAUUAUCUGAUAUAAGAGCUGCUAUACCUAAGCAUUGUUGGGUUAAAGAUCCAUGGAGAUCUAUGAGCUAUGUUGUGAGAGAUGUUGUUGUGGUUUUUGGAUUGGCUGCUAUUGCUGCUUACUUCAACAAUUGGGUUGUUUGGCCUCUUUACUGGUUUGCUCAGGGGACCAUGUUCUGGGCCCUCUUUGUUCUUGGCCAUGAUUGUGGUCAUGGGAGCUUCUCAAAUAAUCCAAAGCUUAAUAGUGUAGCGGGUCAUCUCCUUCAUUCUUCAAUCCUUGUUCCUUAUCAUGGAUGGAGAAUUAGCCACAGAACCCACCAUCAAAACCAUGGACAUGUUGAGAAUGAUGAAUCUUGGCAUCCAUUGCCUGAGAAAAUUUACAGGAGUUUGGAUAAUGUCACAAGAAAAUUGAGAUUCACUUUGCCUUUCCCUAUGCUUGCCUACCCUGUCUAUCUGUGGAGUAGAAGUCCAGGAAAGAAGGGCUCUCAUUUCCAUCCAGACAGUGAUUUGUUUGUCCCAAAUGAGAGGAAAGAUGUUAUUACCUCAACCGCCUGUUGGACUGCAAUGGCAGCAUUGCUUGUUUGUUUAUCCUUUGUAAUGGGUCCUCUCCAAGUGCUUAAACUCUAUGGCAUUCCCUACUGGAUUUUUGUUAUGUGGUUGGACCUGGUCACUUACUUGCAUCACCAUGGUCAUGAUGAGAAACUUCCUUGGUAUCGUGGAAAGGAAUGGAGCUAUCUGAGGGGAGGCCUUACAACACUAGACCGUGACUAUGGAUGGAUCAACAACAUCCACCAUGAUAUUGGGACCCAUGUGAUUCACCACCUCUUCCCUCAAAUCCCACACUACCACUUAGUCGAAGCAACAGAAGCAGCUAAGCCUGUACUCGGGAAGUAUUACCGCGAACCAAGGAAAUCUGAACCUCUUCCAUUUUACUUGUUGGGAACACUUGUAAGAAGCAUGAAACAAGAUCACUAUGUUAGCAAUACUGGAGAUGUUUUGUAUUAUCAAACAGACCCCGAGCUCUGUGGACCAGAGAAAACAGAGUGAAGAAACCAAAGCUUCUGGGCAUCGCAAGGGAAGCCUACCAAGCCAGGAUUCUAUAAUAUCAAGUCAUUUAACUUCUGACAAUUAGGCAGCAUUGUCCUCAGCCAUUGGGACAUCCAUUCAUUCUGCCACGCUUCUUCUUUUUUUCUUUUCUUCUCUUUCUUAUUUGAUAAGAGGUGUCGCCGAUGGUAAAUCUCAGCCACUGCAACAUGGACGCAAGAAGUUUACUAUAUUUGUGACGUCAUUGUAAUAGAAAAUCGACAUCUUUGGCUUC